AUGAAUAAGACCCUUCCAGCUGUAUUUGAUGAUUUAUCUGAGUUAUCUAGUCACGAAAGUGUUGUUGAGACUGACAUUGAUGAAGUUAGUGAAUGUAUUGCAACGGAAACAGCAGAGGAGGAUUUUGAUAGUGAUGGAGGUGAGGAGUCUGAGGUUGAGACUGCCUCACGUGCAAAGCAAGGUACUGGGGCUCGUGCCAGACCCAAACAUACCACACGUACCCCAACACCAACAGAUUCUGGUGAAGGGUGGUGUAGUGACAAUACUCCAACCUUUGUAGACAGUUUUACAGGAAUACCAGGCUUGAAUGUUCCUGUACCUAGCACUCUUUUGGGAUUUAUUCAAUUAUUUCUCACUCAAAGUUUGCUGAAAUAUAUGACUUAUGAAACUAAUUUGUAUGCUUCCCAAAGCAAUGCACGUACUGGGACCAACACAAACAAGAGAUGGGAACCAAUGACAGUGAAAGACAUGGCACGAUAUUUGGGACUGAUGAUCUUGAUGGGUACUGUAUUUGCCCGUUGCCAAGAAUUAGAAUGUACUGGCAAACAGAAAAAUUUGAGUUUGGAUGAAGGCACAAUGGCAUGGCGUGGCCGUCUAUCUUUCAAGACCUAUAAUUCCAAUAAACCUGAUAAAUAUGGAAUGAAGCUCUACAUGCUAGCUGAAUCAAAGACUGGCUACAUCUUUGAUUUUGAAAUUUAUGCCGGAAUUGGGAAAACGACGAUUGAAACGGUAAUGGGCUUGAUUGAACUACUGAAGAACAAACGUUACCAUUUAUAUAUGGACAACUAUUAUAAUUCGGUUCGAUUGAGUGAAUUGCUGUUUGAAGUAGGGAUAUACACCUGUGGUACCAUCAGAAUGCAACGUGGUGCACCUAAAACCCUUCAGAUCCGAGCAAAGGGUAAAUUGCCGGUAGAUACAACUGUAUUCGAACGGAGGGACAAUACUUUCAUAAUUUUGUGGAAGGAUAAGCGAGUUGUUUCACUCAUAACAACUUGCCACAAUGCAGAUACACAACAAGUUGAACGUAGAAAACGAGUACGGAAUCAUGAUGGAACGUCUUCAGUGAAACAGUUUGACCCCAAAUUAAGACAAGCACAGGUUUCACACGAGAUGCAAAUUUCAUUAUCUAAAUUAGCUUAA